CGGCUUCCUUGCUGGUGUCGGCUCGGAGAGACGUGGGGACGUUUGCUUCUCCUGUGAAAGAGUGAAAAAUCAGAUCUGGCUUAUCUGGACUCUAGUUCUCCAACAGAGAAAUCUUGAAAAGGACUGACCGGUUCUUGCAGUUGGAAACAAUGGCCCAUGGUUCAGUGACAUUCAGAGAUGUGGCCAUAGACUUCUCACAGGAAGAAUGGGAAUUCCUGGACUCAGCUCAGAGGGACUUAUAUAGAGAUGUCAUGUGGGAGAAUUAUAGCAACUUCAUCUCACUAGGACCUUCCAUUUCUAAACCAGAUGUGAUUACCUUAUUGGAUGAAGGGAAGGAGCCCUGGAUGGUUGUAAGGGAAGGGACAAGAAGACAUCACCCUGAUUUGGAGUCCAGAUACAGGACCAAUACUUUAUCUCCAGAAAAGGACAUUUAUGAAAUAUAUUCAUUCCAGUGGGAGAUAAUGGAAAGAAUUAAAAGCUAUGGCCUUCAAGACUCCUUUUUUAGAAAUGAUUGGGAAUGCAAAAGCAAGAUUGAGGGGCAAAAGGAACCACAAGAGGGAUAUUUUGGGCAAGUGAAAAUUGCUUCUGAAAAAAUGUCCACUUACAAAAGGCAUAAUCUUCUUGCUGAGUAUCAGAGAAUUCAUAAUGGAGAAAAGUUAUAUGAAUGUAAGGAAUGUAGGAAGACCUUUAUUCGUCGCUCAACACUUAGUCAACACCUGAGAAUUCAUACUGGUGAAAAACCUUACAAAUGUAAAGAAUGUGGGCAGGCCUUUAGACAGCGUGCACACCUUAUUAGACAUCACAAACUUCAUACUGGUGAGAAACCCUAUGAAUGUAAGGAAUGUGGGAAGGCCUUUACAGUCCUCCAAGAACUUACUCAACAUCAGAGACUUCAUACUGGUGAAAAGCCCUAUGAAUGUAAGGAAUGUGGGAAGGCCUUUAGAGUACAUCAGCAGCUUGCUCGACAUCAGAGAAUUCACACUGGUGAGAAGCCCUAUGAAUGUAAGGCAUGUGGGAAGACUUUUAGGCAGUGUACACACCUUACUCGACAUCAGAGACUUCAUACUUCUGAGAAGCUCUAUGAAUGUAAGGAAUGUGGGAAGGCCUUUGUAUGUGGUCCAGACCUUAGAAUACAUCAGAAAAUUCAUUUUGGGGAGAAACCCUAUGAAUGUAAGGAAUGUGGAAAGGCUUUUAGAAUAUGCCAACAGCUUACUGUCCAUCAGAGUAUUCAUACUGGUGAGAAACCCUAUGAAUGUAAAGAGUGUGGGAAGACUUUUAGAUUAAGGCAACAACUUGUUCGCCAUCAGAGAAUUCAUACUCGUGAGAAACCCUAUGAAUGUAUGGAAUGUUGGAAGACCUUUAGUAGUUACUCACAACUUAUUUCCCAUCAGAGCAUUCAUAUUGGCGAGAGACCUUAUGAAUGUGAAGAAUGUGGGAAGGCCUUUAGACUACUCUCACAACUUACUCAACAUCAGAGUAUUCAUACUGGAGAGAAACCUUAUGAAUGUAAGGAAUGUAGAAAGCCUUUUAGAUUGCUCUCACAACUUACUCAACAUCAGAGUAUUCAUACUGGAGAGAAACCCUAUGACUGUAAGGAAUGUGGUAAAGCUUUUAGACUUUAUUCUUUUCUUACUCAACACCAGAGAAUUCAUACUGGUGAGAAACCCUACAAAUGUAAGGAAUGUAAGAAGGCCUUUAGACAACAUUCACACCUUACUCAGCAUCAGAAAAUUCAUAAUGGAAUUUAAUACAAGAAGGCUUUCAAAUGUACAUGUUACAGAACAUCAGAAAAUUCAUUUUUGAGAAAAUUUGUUUCAUGCUUAUAACUAAGCAUUAAAAAGUUUAUAUUUCAGAAAAAAUUGUUGCUUUAAAACCUUCCACCACCAUUCAGACAUUGUAUAUCUUCAGCAAAUUUAUAUGAGGAAAUAAUAUAAUGAAUGCAGGAAAAUCUUUAGCCUUAUCUAUCAUUAUCACCAUUUCAACCCUUUAUUACCAGUGUGUUAUUAGAUAAGGUACUUAAAUUUCUGUGCCUCAUUUUGCUCACUUGUAAAAUGGUGAUAGUAGUACUUAUGUAUAUUAGUUAUUUAUUGCUGUGUAAUAAAUUACCACAAACUUAGUAGCUUAAAAUAAUACACAUUAUCUCAGUUUCUGUGGGUCAGGAGUCUAGGCAUAACUUAGUUGGGUUCUCUGCUUCAGGGCCUCUCACAAGGCUAAAAUCAAGAUUUCAACCAUGGCUGAGUCUCAUCGGAAGGCUCAACUGGGGAAGGGAUGCGCUUCCAACCUCAUGUGCUUGUUGACCGAAUUAAUUCACUGAGGGCUGUUGCGCUGAGGUCCUCAGUUUCUAGCUGGCUGUUGGCUAAAUGCUGACUUCAAUUCCUUGCUACAUGGGCCUCUUCAAGGUGGCUGCUUACUUCAUCAGAGUGUGCAAGCCAAGGAAGCAAGAGGCUGCUAGCAUCAAAGAAGCUAUCGUCUUGUGUAAUCCAAUCAUUGAAAUGACAUUAUUUCAUCACUUUUUCUAUCUUCUUUUGGUUAAAAGCGAGGAACUAGGCCACCCUACACUCAAGGGAAAAGGCUUACACAAGAGUAUGAAUACCAGGAGGAAGGGACCACUGGGGCCAAUUCAGAGUCAGCCUGCUACAUCAUGUAAUAGAAUUGUUGUGAGGAGUGAGUAGUUAAUACUUGGAAAAAUAGCAGCCACAUAGCAUGUUUUCUGUAAAUAUUACCUAUAGUUGUUAUUAACAUCAUUAGUAUUAGUGAAUUCAUAUGAAAGGAAUAUCCUAUAGAAGUAAUAAAUGUAGAAAUGCCUCCUGUCACUGCUCAGCACUUACUAAACUUAAGAUAAUUUAUUCUGGAUAAAAUCCAGGAGGUUAUGUUGAAUGUGAGAAGUUCUUCAUCACUUGAGCUGCAUCCAAAAUUUCAUGCUGAAAAGAAACCUUAUGAAUUUUAUGAAUAUGAGGUUAAGAGUACAACUAUUGGAAGAAUCAAAGAGAAAUAUGAAAUUAUUUUCCCAUAAUAAAUUCCAAAGAGUAAAUGUUUUAUAAUCUCUCAUCUCUGACCACCAUUCAAUUAAUUAGAAAUUAUCAAAAAGGUGGCAUAAAGGAACUAACCACUUGGAAAUUUAAUUGUGUGUGUGUGUGUGUGUGUGUGUGUAUGAUACUCUUGUAUAAAAGAAAGAAAACAUUCCAUUACAGUCAAUAUACUUUUUGAUGCUCAAAUUGCCCCAUCUUCAGCCAGUGGGAGUUGGGUCUUUUCACAUGACCCCAAUAGCAGUUUGAUAAUUUACUCAGUUAUGGCUGCUAUGGGAAAUGCUUGGGUACCAACUCAUUAUUCUGAAAACCAAUAAAUAAAUGGAAAAAUAAAUAUUUAUUUUGCUUUUCCCAUGUGAAUCAAGUUUCAGAGUCACCCAAAGCUCAUCAAAUUAAUUUUUUUUUAAUUUAAGAAAUCUCACCAGUAAAUACAGAAAAAUUGAUAGGAUUAGAAAAAUUUUCUGGUUCCUAAUGGAAUAAUGGGUCCAGAAAAUGAUCUUCAGUGGAUAUUAAAACGAUUUGGGAAAAAGUUUAUAGUGAGAACGUUACAUUGGAUUUAUCAAGCUGACCACCUCUGAGCCUUUUAUUCAAUUUUAACGUCUAUCAAGGUGGGACUAUCAGACAAUAGGCACCUCCUGAUACAAUGCAAUUAGGAAGUACGUACCACUACCUAUGAAGUCUUACUGCCAGAAUAAUGAACUGAAGGAAUCAAACCUUUAAAUCAAAAAUUUUAAAGCCAAGAAUUUGGGGAAUAGAUGAAAAAGUAAAUGGCACCGCAAGUAAGCAGCCAAGCAGAUCCAGAAUGUGUAAAAUUCUACAAAAAAAAGACCUGAUUUCUUCAACUAAUGAGUGGCAUGAAAAAGAAAAGAAGGGCACUGUUAACAGAUUAAAAAAGACGAGGCAUAUCAACUAAAUUCAAUAUGUGGGUAUUAUUUGGACCCAGAUUGAACAAAAUGUAAAACAACAUUUUGGAGACUGGGGGAAAUGUGGACAUGUACUGAGUAUUAAAUGAUUUUUAGAAAUAUUAGUUUUGUUUGUUAGGGAUGAUAAUGUCAAUGUGGUUAUUAAAAGAUAGAACAUCCUAUGUGUUAGAGAUACAUAUAUAUGAAAUAAGAUACCCAGAUUUGCAUUAAAAUAACUCCAGCAAAAGAAAAAGAAAGCAAAUUGGCAAACAGCUAGAAAGUAGAUUAGCAAAAUGUUGAUAAUUACUGAAGUAGAGUAGCUGUUUAUGAAGGGUUCAUUGUUCUAAUAUUUUUACUUUUUUAUGUAUUUUAAAUAAUAUUUAAAAUCAAAGCUGAAAUUAUACACUACUUAAGAAAUGAUUGUUAAUGAGAUGCCUGCAUAUCUAAAUUUGUCAGAUGUAACCAAAGUUCUGUUCAGUGAGAAAUGUGUGCCCCUGAAUGCAUUAAGGAAACUUCGUUUGUGGGCCCAGUCUUCAUCUUCUUCACUUACCUGCAGCAAUCAGUGCUGGGCCUGUCACGUAGAUAAAUGUAUUAAAGGAAUGAAUAAGCAUUUAUGUAAAGAAACAAGAAACAGAACAAAGUAAAACCAACACAAGAGAAGCAAAGUACAAUUGAAAGUAGAAAUUAAGAGAUUAGACACUAGUAGACUUCCAAUGUUAAUGACUGUAUCUUGGCAGGUCUAAUCAAGGAAAAGAAAAUGAAAUAUAAACAUUCAGCAUUAAUGAUGAUAAAAGUGAUUACAGAUUAUCAAUAAAUUUUCCUUUUAAUUAUAAGGUAACACUGUAUGUACUAUAUGUAUUCCAAUAUAUGUAAAAAUAUAGAGGGAUUACAUUUUCUUCUCUAUAAGUAUGUUAUCACAAUUGACUGUGCUCUAGAACCCACAGACCAACAAAUAAAUGUGUGUGUGUACGAAGUUCCUGUUUAAGGAAAAAAUCUGAUAGUUGUGUAGGUAAAAACCUUAAGAAUAGAUAAUCCUUAACAAGAUUUUACCAAUUAAUUUUACACAGGUGAAAUAAUCUGAUACAAAACUAGAUGAAGAUAAAGAGCAAAAUCUAGACCAACUUCACUUACGAAAAUUCUAUUCUUCAUAAUUCUAAAUAGUUAUAUUUAGAAUUUCUUACAAAAUCAGUCUUCACUAAUAGGCCAGUGUUUUGCCUUUCCCAAGUACCAAGUAGCUUCAGAAGACCAGUGUUUAACCAACAUUCUCCACAAGUUUGCUUCAGGGAAUACUAGUCCUUGAUGAUAUUUGAAAAAAGAUAUCUUGGGAAAAAGUGUAAAUGAAACAAAGGAUAAAGUAUCUACUUCUGGGGGAAAUCCAAGUACACGUUAUCAGCUUGUCGAAAGAUGUAUUAAAGAAAUUUUCAUUUAACAUAGUGUAUCUCAAAUUUACUUCAUUGUGCACUUCUCACUCCAAAUACCUUUUAACACCUUUAGAAUGUGAACCACUUUGGUAGAUGCUACCAUAACCACAAUGAAUGUCUUCAAGGAUGUCAUUUCAGACAUGGUGAGUGAUUGUGUUGGGAAGGGGUGAGGAAGGGCACUUUUCUUUUGCAGCUCACAUUAUACUCUGAAAGCAGCUUCCUGCUUGAAUGGAAGGCUAGUGAUUUUCUAUAGAAUGGAAAAGAUUCCAGCCUGGUGCUUGAUAAUGUAUGUAUUAAACAUGCUAAAAUAUUCUAUUAAACAGUGAUUAGGACAAAAUGAUUUUUCAUUGUAAUAAAAAUGCUAUAUUGAA